CCUCCACCAGCACAAAGCCCCACACAGGGACCUGUCAGAGCUAAUCACCCCAGGUGACGAGCAUCCUGAGCUGGGCAAAGAUCCACCGCCGCUCCCUGUGGACCGAGUGGAGCUCCAUGUGAAGUCUCUCUUGUCUCACAUGCGACAGGCAACUGGCGAUGGUGGUGUCUACAGACAAACUCUCAAAACUCAUUCAUCAUGACUGAGAACUUCCGAGGACCAUGAUUCUUUCUUCUACUGCAAAGACUUUUACAAUAUUCAGUCAGUAAGUGCCACUGACAUCUUUCUCAACGGAGAGACUUGGUUAAGGCCUGACCAGAGAGAGACUAUGAGUGCUGCCUUCUCCUUCCCCUUCGUGGACCAGCACCCCCCCUACCUGAACAGGAGCAGUGGGCUGACGUACAGCUUGUCACCUCCUGAUGGCACACAGCACCGUCCACUGGCUCCCCACCUCCACCACCGCUACCCAGGGACAGACACACUCACCCACAACAUCCCCUUCCUUCUCUAUCCCUCCAGCAUGGACCCGGCCAGCCUCAGCCUCUACGAGGGCUCCUUAAGGGGCCCCGGUCCCGGCCUCCUCCCAUACCUGCCCUCCUUCCCCCAUGGGCGCCUGGGGGUGUACGAGUGUCCCUUCGAGCCAGCGUUCAUCCAAAAAAGGAACGAACGAGAGCGGCAGAGGGUGAAGUGCGUGAACCAGGGCUACGCCAAGUUGCGAGAGCACCUGCCGGGGGGCAACAGUGAGAAACGUCUGAGCAAAGUGGAGACCUUGAGGGCGGCCAUUCGUUACAUUCAUUAUCUACAAGGUCUGGUUGAGGGGAAAGGGCAGGUGGGUCAUGGUGCCAGUAGUGUAAAGAUGCAGGACUCCAGGCACAGUGACGGAGAGUCACCAGCCCACUCCCACUCAGGAUCCUGCUCUGGGCUGGACUCUGGGGAGUCGGAGAGCUCUGGGAGUUAGAGCGGCAGUCUGGGAGUUGAAGCAUUGAAACGGCUUGCGUGGAUGGGCAUUUGAAUGCUGAAAAAAAUGAAAAGAAGUAUGCACUAACAUCCACUGUAUUGACUACAUUGUAACUACCCAACAUUAGAGUUGUGUUGUGAAUGCAUUUGAACAUUAGAGUUGUGUUGUGAAUGAAUUUGAACAUUAGAGUUGUGUUGUGAAUUAAUAUGAAUGAAUACGUUGGGAUAUAUAUUUGAGGAUAAAGCUUAAACAAAACCAGAAAUUAUACACUCAAUAAUCAUGUCCAUACUAUAUAACUUUACAUUUAAGGAUGUUUAUACAUUGAACUUCCUCAUAUGAUAUUUUGACAAGUAGCUCAUUGUUUUCAAGGAGAGAAAACCUGUAAUUAAAA